AUGGCGUUGGUAACAAUACAGCGUUCGCCAACAAUCAGCGAACAGAGUUUGCAAGACGAUGAAAGUUCUGUCAUAUCAGGUGUUAAUCAUUCCAUCAAUGUGGUGCGACCACGAAGCUUUAGUGAACAUUAUUUUGCUAUAAAUGGUGCUGCAUUAGUUUUGCCAAAAAACGAAUGUCUUGUAACGAAGGCGGUUACUGGAAGUGCUGCCCAUUUACAACAACAUUUGCAACAAAUGUUCAGUAUUUUAAGACCGGAAGAUCGAAUAACAUUGGCAGUUAAACUCGAAAGUGGCUUUCCUAAUCAUAUUCGUUAUUUAGUAAUUGUCUCAUGUAUUGGUCGUCAAGAUACAGAAGAAUCCGCCAUUUUAGGAUUUGAUUUUUCAUCCAGCGAAGUAACAAUUGGAAUGAUUUUACCAAUAUUUGCUGAUAUGAAUAUUACUUUGGAUGGUGAUGGUGGUUUUAAAUUAACAUCUGAUGAUCGACGUCAUAUAUUUAAACCUGUAUCUGUACAAGCAAUGUGGUCGGCUUAUCAAAGUUUACAUAAAGCAUCAACUCAAGCACGUUUAUUUAAUUAUAUGGCCGGUGGUUUAACACAUACAUGGAUUGAAUUCUAUCGAAGUUUAAAUUUACAGUCAAAUCAAAUGUGUAUUAAUGAAUGGUUUCAAAUGGAUGAGAUAUUAUCGCAUCGAUCAGAUUCACCACAUUUAUUUCAGACAUUAUCGUCAGAUGAAGAAAUGUUUCGUCAACAUAUACACGUUAAAUUGAAAGAAAUUAUGUUAAUGGUUGAUCUUGAUGAAGUAACAUCAAAAUUUUUACGUGAACAAUUAGAAAAGUCAUUUCAAAUGAAUUUAUCCUCGUACAAACAAUAUAUUGAUGAUGUUAUGCUACAAAUAUUGGCACAAAUGGAUAAACCAACAAUGAUAUUAUCACAUUUAUAUCUUGGAUCAGAAUGGAAUGCUUCGAAUUUUGAAGAAUUAAAAGCAAAUAAUGUUGGUUAUAUUCUAAAUGUAUCACGUGAAAUUGAUAAUUUUUUUCCUGGGCAAUUUAAAUAUCUUAAUGUACGUGUACAUGAUAAUGAUGAAGCGGAUCUAUUAAAAGAAUGGGAAAAAACAUAUCGAUUUAUUAAUGAAGCAAAAACUAAUAAUCAGGCAUGUCUUGUUCAUUGUAAAAUGGGUAUUAGUCGUUCAGCUUCAACGGUAUUAGCUUAUUUAAUGAAAGAAAAUAGUCAUACGUUGAAUGAUGCACUUGAUCACGUUAAAAAACGGCGAAGUUGUAUUAAUCCAAAUGGAGGUUUUCGUAGUCAAUUACAAGUGUAUGAAGGAAUAUUAGCAGCAAAUAAAACAUUUCGAAGUAAACUUGGUGAUAUUACUAAAAAACCAUCGUUAACAGUAUCAAACAGUGAUAAUAAUGUGAUCAGUAUUUCAACUAUUACCGUUCCCACCACAUCAAUUAUUCGUGAACCAUCGCCUACAAAUACGGUUACCAUUCUAGCCCAAGAAAAAUUCGAAUCGGAUUAUACAAAUGAAUUGGGUUCAUUGUAUUUAAUUGAACGUUUAUUACAAUCAUAUGAUCAUUAUAAUUCAACUGAAGUCGAAUCUGAUGUCUUGUUGGUACCACCCUCACCACCUUUACAAGUUGUUGAUACAAACCGUCACGAAUUACACUCAGAAGAUAGUCAACAACUACAGAUAGAUAAUGAAAAACGAACGGGGAAACCUUUAAUUCGUACUCUUAAAGAUGAUAAUUUUUGGAUACGGACGCCACUUGAAGAUGAAAUUCAAUUGCAAUAUGGCGAUAAUGAAAAUAACGUUGUUAAAUUUCGUCAUUCGAAAUCUGUCGAACAUAAAGAAGAACAAGUUUCACCUAGUUUAUCAACAGCAACAUCAUCCAACUCAUCGUGCUCAAUUUGUUCAACCAACAAACGAAAAACAAUUUUUUUGAGCGAUGAUAACAUUGAUAAAAAACGUGCAAACUCUGACGGUUCCUCUUCAAGAUCAUCAGAGUCUGUGGUAUUAUCUAAUCAUCCACAAAAUUUAGACACAUCACAGAAACAUGAUGAGGAGGUUACUGUUGAACAAUGUAAAAAAAGUGAGGAAAACGAAAUGAUAACUUCAGAUAAAGUUUACAAUAGUAACGAUGAUGACGAACAUUAUUGGUUAAUGAGAACAAGUUCGAUGAGAACACCGAAAAAAAAAUUAAAUACAAGUUUAACAGUUGGUGGUGUUAGCCGAUGUUCCAGUUUAAAAGAUGAAAAGCGUUGUAUAUCGCCUCGUACUAAUAGCAGAAAUGAAAAUAAUACUAAUACUAGUUCACAACGACACUCAAUCGAUAUCGAAAAUCAGAAAUCGUUGAGACGAUCAAGAAAAGUACAUUUAAUUACACAAGAUUUUGAACGCAAACCAUCUCUAUUAACAUUGCCGAGCAAUAAUACUGCAGCUAACGUCGUUACUGGUUCAACUACAGAUAUAUUCAAACGAGAAGGUAUUGAGAUUAAAGACGGACUUGUACGUUCUCAAGUAAAAAUGUUUAAUGCUGGUCCAUCAACACCACCAACAACAUUAUGUUUAUUAUUAACGGAUUGUGAUGAAAUGAGGUUGAAUUAUAAUGAUUCGAAUAAUGUGAAUGAUAAUAUACCAAAUAUGUGUGAAGAAACAACAACAGUAGUGAAUUCAACGAGUGUAAUUAAAGAUGAAAAAACCAAUGAAAAAUCGCCGUCUUCUGGCUAUGGUUCACUCGAUUUUCCAAUUAUUCAAACGGAAAAGAAUCCAGACAAUAUUGAUGAUAACGAAAAUUGUUCGCCAUACAAAUUGAGAAAUGAUCAUGAUAGGAAUUUGUACAUUGACAAUGAUUUGAACAAACAUCAAGAAAAUUCAAAGAUUAUUACACGCAAAAACGACUGUCAGUUAAAUAAGCUACAAUCUCAACAGUCAUUUAUGUCAUUUGUUACAAAUUUUAAUAGCGAUAAAACAUCAACCAUUGAAUUAUUACCCACUGUUUCAAAAUCCAACGAUAAAAUUUCAAAACGUCCUCUCUCUUAUAACGGUUACGUUCAAACAGCAGCAAUAUCGUCAAUGAAUGCAACGAAUAAAAGUAAUCGUAAUAAAAAAGUAUUUGAUCAUGCCUAUCGCAAUCAGCCCGUCGAUUAUUCGGUAACAGUCAAUAUUGAAGGAAAAGGAGAAGAUGUCAAUGUUGUUCAAGAUCGACCUCAUCCAAUACCAAAAAUAAGACAGCAUUUGAGCAUGUUAUAA